UGUCUUGUUCACCGUUGGUUUUUCAUAGUUCGCACCGCCAGCGUGGUAAACGUCAAUGCCAAGACGGUCUUAUAUUUUAAACGUAAAUAGCACAUCCAUACGCUAAAAUGGACUUUUUCAACAAAAAAGUGAGUGUUAUGAAGGUUGCCGCUGCUGUCCUGCUGUGUUUCUCUCUCUCAAGUCCAGUAAAAGCGACAUGGGAGUACAGCACCCACGAAGCCGGCAUCGACUUCGUGCCGUACCGUCACAAGCGGGACGCGCCGAUCCCGCCCGCCGUCCCGGAGCCAACGCCGACCGCGCCGAAGGCCGCCGCGCCGACGCCAACUAACGCCACGCUCGAGGACACCAAUAGGACCACUAAUCUUACUGCGCAGACUUCCACCACCGCCCUUACAACCCCAGUGUCCGUCACGCAGAUCCCACUGCUGGGCGUCAACGGCUCCGGGAUAUACAAGGGGAACACCUCGGUACCCAAAGUCAGCGACCCCAUACUGGCCGAUGACAAUAUAACUACUACUAAUUUCGAGCAUCAAGCGGACGUUAUUGAAGCUCAGAAGAAUAUCAGCAAUUUGACUUACGACAACUACGUGUUCUACAACAGCACGUUCAUAGGCAACGUGACCUUCUUCCAAGAGCACUGGGCGAACAUCACCAAGUCGAAGCCGGACAUUCACGCGGUGCUCAGCAACUCGCACAGGCGAGCUACGACCCUGAAGCUGUCAUUCCCGUUCCCCUUCUACGGCCACCCGCUGCACAACAUCACCGUGGCCACCGGAGGCUUUCUCUACACCGGGGAACACGUGCACAACUGGCUCGCUGCCACUCAGUACAUCGCUCCUCUCAUGGCCAACUUCGACACCACACUCACUGUGGACAGCUGCGUCAAGAUGUUUGACGAUGGCGAGAAAUUCACCGCCCUGUGGGAGAACGUCAACCUCCGCGAGGACAAAACAAAGAACUUCACGUUCGCCGCCACACUGUACAAGAACGGGGACAUUACGUUCGCGUACAAGGACAUCCCGAUCCCGGUGCAGCUGAUCAACGACAACGAGCAUCCGGUCAAAGUGGGCAUCUCCGACGCCUACCUCACCGACCGCAUGAUGUUCUACGUCCGAAGGAAGACAAUCUACGAAUACCACCGCGUCACGUACAAGGGUCACAAUAUCACGAGUAACACUCUCCUCAAGAUGAUCGCCCUGCCCACCUGCCUCCAGUACAACACCUGCGAGGAGUGCACCAACCACGAGACAGAAUUCAACUGCUCUUGGUGCGAGGCGCUCAAGAAAUGCUCCAGUGGAACUGAUAGGAACAAACAGGACUGGGUACUACGAGCCUGCGACAAGACUCAGAUAGUGAACGCCAGCCAGUGCCCGGCCAGCCCAAGUCUGCAGCCCAACGGCACCGACGUCACGGGCACUGUUUACGUCACCGACGGCCAGCCCAGCCGCCACGAGGCCGUCAUCAACACGCAGCCAGAAGUGGUCCCGUCCGGUCAGCCGGUGAAAGCGCCGGCGCCGUUGGCCCCCGCCGGCAGCUCCCCGGUCGGCGCUGCCGUCUCGGCCAUCGCCAUCAUCGCGCUGGUGGCAGCCCUGGCUGCGUGGGUCCUGUACGCCUUCAAGAACCCUCAUACCAGGAGCGGCCAGCUCCUCAUCAAGUACCGACCAUCGCAAUGGAGCUGGCGACGAGGCGAAGCACGCUACACCGCCGCCACCAUACACAUGUAAACGAUCGACGUCACCAAAGGUACCCUAGAUACUGUCAAAGACAGCCAGAAAGUACCCUAAGCAUCAUUAGGCAGCUAUAAGGUACCAUAGACAUCGUCAAAGGCAGUGAGAAAGGUACCUUAGAUAUUUUCAAAGAUAGCCAGACCCAGAAGGUACCCUAAAUAUUGUAAAUGGCAGCCAAAAUGUACCCUAGACACCUUCAAAGACCAUAUAGUACCCUAGACAUUGUCAAAGGCAGCCAAAAUGUACACUACACAUCUUCAGAGGCCAUACGGUACCCGAGAUAGUCAAAGGCAGCCAGAAGGUACCCUAGGUAUUAUCCGAAGCAGCUAUAAGGUACCAUAGACAUUGUCAAAGCAGCCGAAAAGUACCCUAAAUAUCUUCAAAGGCAGCCAGAAGGUACUAUAGACAUUGUCAAAGCAUUCCUAAGGUACACUAGACAAGGGUACCUUAGACGUUAGUGAUCUUAUUAAACACCGUCCAUGUGUAUUGUGUAGUUAUUGAAACACCAAACGUAAUCUCUGGGAAAUAUCAAUUCGGUUUUAUCUGUGAAGGUCUUAACUUUAGGAUGACCAUGGACCAUUACAUUACUACUAUAUCGUCACUACUUUUAAAAAAUCUCGUAUCUCACGCUGUUCCUCAAAGUUAAAACGCAGUAAGUCUAUAUGCAUUCCAUACAUACUUACUACAAUUUUCUUUUCAUUGACAGACGAAGAUACAAGUUUUUUUAAAAGUAGUGACGAUAUAUACUUAUACAUGUAAACGUUCCAAAUA